GGGCCCUCCUCCCGCGCUGUCCCUGCUCCCCUGUGAGCCAGCAUGGCGGCCCUGUGCGGGACGGGACCAUCCAGAGGAGGGACCGGAGGGAGGAGCAGCCUGGAACGGUGACGUAGGAUCGGAAUGAGGGAGUGAAUGUUCCGGGUCACAAACUGAACGGGAGAGGAAAUUAACGGACGGAAAAAAAACGCGACCGCUUCCCACCUCCGACACGGAGAUGUAGCCCGUGUUUUCUUUGACGCUGACAGAGAACCGAGAGACGGAGAGGUGGCCGACGAGAAACAAACAGGUGUCCGAAAAGUGAAGUAAAGUGACGGGACGACGGAGAGAGAGAGGUCCCAUGUUGGCUGCGAGCUGACGAGCGUUAGCAAGUGUUAUUUACAGCCGGAGUUUCGGUGUUUACUCGCGGGUGAGUAUCGCUCCGCUCGGGUUUGUCGGUCAAUCUAGUCCCGGUCUGUCUGAGGCAAUCUGUUGCAUCCUCCUCUUCCUCGCUGUUUGUUUAUCGCACGGGUCCGAGGUUUGAUUCCCAGCUCCCCCGUCAUGUUUCACUGUAUCCCCCUGUGGCGGUGCAACCGUCAUGUGGAGAUGAUCGAUAAACGCCACUGCUCACUGCUGUUUGUGCCCGAUGAGAUUUAUCGCUACGGACGGAGUUUGGAGGAGCUGCUGCUGGAUGCCAACCAGCUCCGGGACUUGCCCAAGCCAUUUUUCCAGCUGGUGAAACUAAGAAAACUCAGCCUGAGUGACAACGAGAUCCAGAGACUUCCACCAGAAAUAGCAAACUUCAUGCAGCUGGUUGAACUGGAUGUCUCUCGAAAUGAUAUUAUGGAAAUUCCAGAGAGCAUUUCAUACUGCAAAGCCCUCCAAGUGGCAGAUUUCAGUGGAAAUCCAUUAACAAGGUUACCUGAAAGCUUUCCAGAACUGCGGAAUCUAACAUGCCUUUCCAUCAAUGAUAUUUCAUUGCAAGUUCUUCCAGAUAACAUUGGAAACCUUUCCAAUUUGGUAUCACUAGAACUCAGAGAAAAUCUGCUCACAUUCCUACCUGAGUCACUAUCUCUGCUCCAUAGACUAGAAGAACUCGACCUAGGAAAUAAUGAACUAUACAAUCUGCCCGAGUCGAUAGGCUGUCUCGUCAGUUUAAAGGACUUAUGGCUGGAUGGAAACCAGUUGGCUGAUAUACCUGCAGAGAUGGGCAGUAUGAAGAGCCUGCUGUGUCUGGAUGUGUCUGAAAACAAACUGGUGCACCUCCCUGAGGAGUUGGGGGGGCUGCUGUCACUGACUGACCUGCUGGUUUCUCAGAACUUCAUUGAUGCUCUACCUGACAGCAUUGGAAAACUACGGAAACUUUCGAUCCUGAAAGCUGAUCAGAAUAAACUAACUUAUCUCCCAGAGGGCAUUGGCAACUGUGAAAGUCUCACUGAACUUGUGCUCACAGAGAACCAUCUACAGGGUUUGCCAAGGAGUAUUGGGAAACUAAAGCUACUUUCCAACUUCAACUGUGACAGAAACCAGCUAAUGUCGUUACCCAACGAGAUUGGAGGCUGCAGCAGUCUGAAUGUCUUCUGCGUACGAGAGAACAGACUGACAAGGAUACCGUCAGAGCUGUCACAGGCCACAGAACUGCACGUGUUGGACGUCUCUGGAAAUAGGCUCGUCUACUUACCCAUGUCGCUGACCACUCUACGACUGAAAGCCUUGUGGUUGUCAGAGAACCAGUCGCAGCCUCUCCUCACCUUCCAGACUGACGAGGAUCCCGACUCAGGCGAGAAGGUGCUCACCUGCGUGCUGCUGCCUCAGCAGCCGUGUGAAUCAGACCAUAAAGGGUCUGACAAUCUUGCCCGCUUCGGAGCCCUGGAGAGUCUGGUGAAUGAGAUGGCAGACGACACAUGGGACAACAAAGCCGUGAACAGGAUCAGUGCCAUUCACUUCCUGGAUGAUGAUGAGGAGGAGGAUGACGAUAAGGGAACUCUCCUGCGGCGGGCCACGCCUCACCCCGGCGAGCUGAAGACGAUGAAGAAAGCUGCUGAGAACCUCCGCAACGACCUGAACGCUGCCAAAGGCCUGGACUCCAACAAAAACGAGGUCAAUAACGCUGCAGACAGAGUGACCACGUCUGUGUGACCUUUUUUUGAAUUUUUUUACCUCAGAAAUGUUUUUUACCUCCUGUGUGUCACCGUGUUGUCCUGCACAGACCCUGCAGCCCCCUCCUCUCCUUUUUUAUUAUUUUACCCACAAACCCCCGGUGUGGCCUCCCCCUCCUCUGAUUAUACCCUGGGACGCCUGUAACCUUACUCCAUCACGAGUCCUGUGUAAAAAGUCUUUGACUCAGUCUACCAGGGCUGCUGUGCCUUCCUCUUUUUAAUGAACGUCCACAGCAAUAAUCUGCACAGAGAUGCUCCUUUUAAAAGAUAUUUUAA